AUGGAGUUACCCAACCUCUAUAUAGAUCAGCCAUUCGUGCUGAGGGAUGUUAUUCUCGAGAAUGAGGACUUUCAGUGUUUUGCUGAACACAUAGGUGGGCGUGUAGUUGAUCGACGUGACGGCUGCCCUGGUACUGGUUUGUGGUAUUCUGGUGAAUUUUUUGAAGUUCGUUGCUCUGAAGUAAAAGAGGACAAGAAAAACAUUUUUUGGCACCACGAACAACAUAUAUUUUUCAAACCCGCUAAGCUUUUUAUGACAACUAGACUGUUUCAGUAUCUCAAGGAUGUAUUAAAAAAGGACGAAGUGUUAUGUAAUAUUCGGGUCUCCUCGCUCGAAUUUGAUAUGGUCCUUAUAGCUGCCUCGGACGUGGAUCGAAUAAUUUUUGUGGAUCAAGUUAGUAAAUAGUUGAAGUUGUUGAACUAGUUUGGGAGGAUGGUGUCACCGAAGACGGAUUUGCUUGAAGUCAUGGCUUUCCUGAUGAAUAAGGAAAGCAUUGACAUUCAUCCUACGAAAGGAUAAAAGGACUAAAGAGGUAGGUAAAACUAUUGUUGUUAACCGUCAACGCCAGAAGUGCAUUUUCUCUCUUGGGUUGUUGAGUCAGUAGCUCUACAAGAAGUUCUGUAAAUAUAUAAGAUGAGUCAGGUGGAUGCUGAGUCUCUUGUCCAAGUUCGAGGUCGCUCACACGCUUCCUUGGUCGACGGACAAGCAGGCGCAGGGCCUGGCGGUUCUCAGGGCGGUGAUAGAAAGGGGGAAAGAAAGUUGUAGAUCGUCGAGCAAGAGAUGUCUGCACUCAUAAGUAAGCAGGAGUUUCUGCAACAUAGAUAGCUAACUGAUAGAUAUUUAGAUACUAAAUGUACGUAGAUCGAGGCUUAGUGCCUACCUCAUAUGUUACUGUUCGCUUCACAUGUGAAAAAGAAGAACUACUCGCCACCGAAUUUGGAACUUUUAGAUGCCCCACCAUGAUUCAGACGACUUUACUCUUCGCCUAUUCUUAUGGAAGAUAAGCUUAAAGCUUUGAUUGUCACUCUCGUCUUGUUACUUCGUUGAUUAUUUAUUCUUUUUCUCUCUCUCAGUCUCUUGACUUAUAUUCCUCGGAGUAAUUCUUAAAACCUUACAUUUUCUGUGCAGUCGUUAAGGGAGGACGUGAAGGUAUCAGGUGUCUCUAUUGCCAAGACGUGAAAUUGUAACUGUUAUUGUGGGAUGGGAUCUGAAAAACUUGCAAUUGUAAUUGUAAUUGGUGAUGCGUAAAGCUCCUAGUGCGGAGUAGCAUCCCUGAUUGAUGGCUCCCCCGUUUUCCUUGCGUUAUCUAUUCCGAUAAAACGAUAUCGGUAGGAAUCGCAGUCAUGCGAGUUAGUAGCCGCUGGGUAAGAAAGUGAAAAUCAAAAAAUCCCGGCGCAGGCUCGAACGAUGUCGCCCAAUCAAUCUCGAUCAUAAAAAAGCGAAAGGCUAUCAAUUCUGCGUCUACUCCGCCUGUGAUUGAAAACGAAUGACCACAGAGGAUCAAUUGAAUUAUAGUGGUUGCGUAAGCGCGCGCGGGAUGUGAUGCGUGAUCUCUGGACAAGGUCAAG